AUCAUAAGAUAUGCAAUUUGCUCCUACUUGUAUCGUACACUUAUAUAUACCUGAUCAUACAUGACUUUGUAUGUACCGUGGUGUACCCUGUUUCAUUGAUAACUUAUGUGCCUGGUAUUGAAGUGCCACUGUGGAUCGAAGAACCAAUUAGAAGUCAAGGAAUAUGAAAAACCUGAUUUUACAAGGAAAUUCAAAAGGUUGAGCAGAUAAGAAAGCUGUACAGAAAACUGUUAAAGAUUGAAAAAAGACAUUGUUAAUGGGUGACGAAUGCGUGAUACCGGUAAUUGCUGUCUUAUUUUUAUCAGGAGGAAUAUUGAUUUCAAAUUGGAUUAAUGCGCCACAUGAAAUUAAAGAAGACCAGACUGAUAACAGUGAAGAUAUGUUAAUCAUGAGACAAGAACUCCAACAAUGUAAAGCUAGCAUGACACAGAUGGCGCAAGAUUUCAUUAGCUUACAGGACAAUUUCACACAAAUACAAGAAAAGGUCGGAAACUUAUCGAAGGUUUUGAAUGUUUCUGUUGAAAGUGCUAGAGAUAAUUUCCUCCAUUUGAAAAGAGACAUGAAGAUCUUGAAUGGAAUGCAAGACAUCCAAGAGCACAGAUAUAUAACAUAUUCUGAAACAGUCGUUCUUCUCCUGGCGGUGUUGACCAUAUGGACAUUGAUACUUUUUCUGAUAGCAUAUAAGUUUUUUCCAUUGAGAAAUGGUUUUAAUGGUAGUCAAGGAAGCAAUCAUGAUGAUCCUCACGAUACAAACGAAAGUCUGUGUGCACAGGUUCCAGUUCAAGCUCCGAUUAAGCAAAAAAGAUGGACUAGUGAGUUGGAAGAAUCUAUUUGUAUUCUUAGUUUCCAUGAAGAAACACAGGAUUUACAUCAUAGAAUAAUCACAUCAGUAUUUCAGGAGGAAGAAGUUGAAAUAAAGCCAUUCCUACUGGAAACAACUGAUCCAGAUGUAUUAGAUAUACCUAGAUGUCAAUUCAUCUUUGUGUUUGUUGAUUUUAAUGAGACCAAUGUUAUUCUUGAAAACCCAGGUGCUAAGAGAUCAGAUACUGUCCAGGCAUGUAUGGAUAUGAGAGCUGAUGUGUUUGUUAUAUAUACAAGAGAUAGAGGUUCUAGUUAUUUAGGAGAUGGCAUCCUGUACAAUAAGGACUUGUUAGCCUUUACAGGACAUUUUCUAUUGAAAGAACUCACGGCUAAAAAUAGAGGACUUAGUGUAAAUGUUACAUUUACACCAUACCAGAAAAGUCACAUCAGGAAAAUUGUACUGGAUAAAUUCUCUCUUUUAUAAUAAAAACCUCUUGAAAGCCAAUUGACAAAAAUGACUACUUAUAGUACUGUUAUAACUUUUGGCUUUUUGUAUAAAUGACGAAGCAAGAGGGUAUGGGGAUAUUUACACAUAACGAUAUAGGUGCUAUAGUUUUGUUACAGAUAUACAAAUUAUCAACAUUCAUAAGUUGAGGAUUUUGCCAAAUAAACACAUGGCUAUAAAUAGUAAAUGGCUAUACUGAUGUAACAAUUAGAUGACUAUACGGUAGAAUUGUGUAUCUUAACCCAUAAACAUUAUACCUGGGUUAUGGAUUGGUGUUAUUACUUUAACUGGAAUGUGCUUUUUUUUUUAAAGAUCACUGAUGAUGCUUUCUUUAUUUUAUUGUUAAUGUUGUGAUGAAAAAAUAGAAAAUGAGCUUAGUUUACAAAUACUCAAGACCAUAACUGAUAGCUAUUACAGUAAUGAAGUUUGCUACUAAAUAAUAAAAAAAAAUCAUAAUACACACAAAAGAAUGAAGUGUUAUACCAAAGUGGUAUGUAUAGUGCUAAAGAUAUAGUUAUUGCUAUAUUUAUAUAUUUACUCUAAUCAAAUAUUAUAAAAUAAUAAUAUUAGCUGCUUUCUUAUUGUCUUCAUUUUGCCAUUUGAUAUUUGAUAUUUUUGCGGAGUUUAUACUAAAAGCUCUUAUUAAGAAAAAAUGAUAAAAGUCAUUAUGAUAUAUCAUUAAUAUAUAUAAGUAUUUUCGAACAUUUUUUUGCUUCAAUCGUAUUUCAAAUCAUUGCCGUCAACAUGGUGGAUACAACCUUUGCAUAGGUUAUAUUUUAGUAAUAUGUCAGCUUUAACUGACCCGUUCUUGCCAUUUAUUAGCUUUGGAAAUCUUGAGCUUAUUAUUAGACCAUUUCUUGCCUCAAGUCCCUUUUUAUUGUUACAGUAGCUGAUUAAAUAUUAAUCUUAUAUUUGACAAUUUUUUGCCUCAAGUCAAUCUUUUCUUGUUCCAUCAGCUUAUGAAACUUUAUGCAUAUGGUAGACUAUUUGUUGCCACAAGUCCCUCAUUUUUGUUUCAUUAAGUAAUGAGAUUUAAGGCUUAUGUUUGGCCAUUUUUUGUCUUCAUUUUAAUUUUGUUUUGUUUCAUAAGCUGCUGAAAUUGUAAGCUUAUGAUUAGACCAUUUCUUGCCUAAAGCUGCUCGUUUUUGUUUGAUUAGUUGAUGAAAUUUUAAGCUUAUAUAUGCAAGACUUUUUCUUUCCUGAAGUCCCUCAUUAACUGUUUUGAAGAGAUACAACUUUACAAAUAAAUUAUUUAGUUGCUUCA